AGAUCACAGUUUCACCGUUGAACUCCGGCAAGCCUUUCCCGGUCCGGCGAAGCUGAACGGCGACGGUAAAAGGCGGUGCACUGAGUCUUGUCGUGCGCCUGCCCACAGACUAAUAAACCCCAGAAUGCUAAAACAGUCGCUCCCUGGCCAUUUUCCACUAUCAAACCACUCCCACUUUUCCCCUUUUCUCUUCCACUCCCCAUUUCUUCCCUUCCUUCUGGUAGCUAGCGGAUUCACAGAAACGAGCCAUGAAAAUAAGCUAACAGCACGAAAGCUUCUCUUACAGAUUUCCCAUUUCGACCCAUCAAAGUUCCAAAACUCCAAAAACCCAGUACAACCCUCGCACCAUUGCCAUUUUCAAGUAAGUUCGGCAUCUCUCUGUUUUUCUUCUACGGGGAGGAAAAAAAAAAAAUCCCCCGAGUGAAGACAGAAAUGGGGAGCCAGCGAGUUCAAUUGAUUACUAUAUAUGUUUCCAUUGUAAAUCAAACUCUCGUUGCUCUCUCUCGGCCUUCCUCUAGCCUCGAUUCCUCGUCGUUUUUCUCCCUUUUCGCUGCUGUCUCUGUCUCACUCUUCCACACUCUGUUUUACCCCUUUUUUUUAAUUUCUUUUGUUUUUGCUUUCUUCUUAAGCUUGUCUCUUCACGCAGCUCGAGAUUCUUCCAUUUGUUUAACAAAGAAAGAUCCUUUCUCUAUCUCCUUCUUCAAUUGGGUUCGUUUUAAACCGCAAAGUAAUCGAGUUUGAAUAAACAAAGAGUGAGAGCAAUACAGACCUUGCUGGCUGUGGAGGAACUAGAAAGCCUAUUUGUUUCUGCGGUGGUGAUUUUCUCUUUCAAUUAAUUUUUUCCCCCCCGGGGUUCUAUAAGUUUCCCGCUCUUUGUAAAUACCGAGGUUACUUACUUACCGCCAAUCUCUUUUUCCUUUUCUCUCCUGCUGCUGCUGCUGCUCUGCUGCCUCCCUUUGUCCUCUCUUCAUUUCCCUCGCCAUUUUUUGUUUUCUUCUGAUAAUUAGAGACCGCUGUCAUUUCUUACUCUUGACCUCCGAUUCCAGGGUUUCUGCAAUAAGUAAUUGAUUCGAAAAUUUGGAUUGAUCAGUCGGGGAAGGAGGGAAGGAAGGAAGAAGAUGAACACGAGAGUUCGCUCUGCUCUUCAGGGCUUAAAAGCUCCAUUGCACCCUGAUAAUACCAAUGAGAAUAACAAUAAGAACCACAAAAAGGAGAAAAUGCAGAGCCACGGCGGAGGAAUAAGAGCAAUUGCUGCUCUGAAAUCAGCAGCCAUUACCAACAGGCGAAAAUUGAACAGGGAAAGGAAAUUGGCAUUGCUAGAAGAUGUUGAUAAGUUAAAGAAGAAGCUUAGACACGAGGAGAAUGUACAUAGAGCAUUGGAGAGAGCUUUCACUAGACCUCUUGGAGCUCUCCCUCGCUUGCCGCCUUAUCUCCCUCCUUAUACAUUGGAGCUGCUUGCUGAAGUGGCUGUCCUAGAAGAAGAAGUAGUUAGGCUAGAAGAACAAGUUGUGAACUUUAGACAAGGCCUCUACCAAGAAGCUGUCUACAACAACAACUCCUCUAAGAACUGCAAUAAUGAUGGAGUUUCUGAUCAGCAACAACAGCAACAGCAACCUUGUUGUUCUUCCUCUAGUACGAGAACACCAGCAAGACAUUCGAGAUCAAAGUCAGUCUCGUCGGCCCACGAGCUCAUCAAUUCAUCACCAUUUGGAUCAGCAGCUAAACAACAGCAGCAGCCUUCUCUUGCUAGAAGUACCUCAAGUAGAAAGCUCUUGUCAAAUGAGAGUCCAGUAAUAGGUGAUCAAUCAAGACAUAGAGGGCAAGGCUCUAACAAGGUGAUUUCAUCCUCUCCAUAUGACGAAAGAGGGAAGGAGAAUCGGUCAUGGAGUAAUUCAUCGAAGGAGAAACAAACUCCUGAGAAGAGAAAUGGCAAAGCUGCAGCCCCUCGUAAGAGACUGUUCGAUAACAGGCGGAUAUCAGAAGAUAAAGGCUCAGUUGUUCCCUCAAAGUCAAUGGUGGAAUGCAAGUUAGCAGAAGAAGAAGCGACUUCAUCUUCUGGUUUCUUGGAUGAGGUUCUUGAAGCUAACAAGCUAUCCGAGGAUAUGGUGAAGUGCCUAUCCACCAUUUUCAUGAGAAUGAGAACAUCGAAAGACAAGGCAGCGGCAAACAUGGUCACCAUUCUAGAAAGUGAAUGUGGUUGGGACGCUUAUUACCACGGUGAAAGUAGUAGAGAUAACACGGUUGGUCCAUACAGAGAUAUGUGUGCAAUUGAAGCUAGCUCAAUCGAUCUCAACCGGGCAACAACCGUUGUCUUCUUGUUACAUAGGCUAAAGUUUCUGAUGGAGAAACUUGGGAGUGUGAAUUUGGAAAGGCUUACUCACCAGCAAAAACUUGCUUUCUGGAUAAACAUAUACAACUCUUGUAUGAUGAAUGCCGUUUUGGAGCAUGGUGUGCCUGAGACGCCUGAAAUGGUUGUGGCACUAAUGAAAAAGGCAACGAUAACAGUGGGGGGUCGUCUGCUGAAUGCCAUCACAAUUGAACAUUUCAUAUUGCGGCUUCCUUACCACUUGAAAUUUACAUGCGAAAAGGUGUCGAAGAACGAAGAGAUGAAGGCACGGAACAGCUUCGGAUUAGAGUGGUCGGAACCUUUGGUCACCUUUGCACUCUCCUGUGGAAGCUGGUCCUCCCCUGCUGUGCGGGUUUACACGGCAUCAGGAGUCGAAGAAGAACUAGAGGCAGCAAAGAGAGACUACCUGGGGGCUGCAGUUGGGAUAUCAAAGACAGAGAAGAAGCUGAUGAUACCAAAGCUACUGGACUGGUAUCUGCUGGACUUUGCCAAGGACAUGGACUCGUUGGUGGACUGGGUUUGCCUGCAGCUGCCCAAUGGGCUUAGGGAUGAAGCAGUGAGGUGCACUGGAAGAAAGGGGAGAGAGCCUUUGUCACAUCUGGUUCAGGUCAUGCCUUAUGAUUUCAGCUUCAGGUUUCUUCUGCAGAGGAAUAAUGGAUUUUGAUAGGGAAUUGGGUACAGGGGAAAAUAAAUGGAUACUAGAUAUAAAAAAAGAUGGGCUUGGUUUUUGGUUUCUUUCUCUUUGGGGUGGGCUUCUUGUGGGUUGGUUGUGAUUAUUCUAUAAUGGGUUUCUAAUGUUCUGCAAAGUAUUUUUGGUUUUUGAUUAGUUUUUUUUUUGUUCCACUGUUUUGUUUCUCUAAGCAAGGAAAGAAAAAGAAAAGAAAACAUGAGGGACUUGGAAAGAAUGGAAAUGGUGCAAUGGGCUGAUUGGUUUUGGGGUUUCAUUGUGAGAAAAAAGGGUUUGGUUGGUGACUGUUUAAACACUCUCAAGUGAAUAAAAUAUUUCCUACAAGUGUUUAGCAUUACAUUUCUAUAGUUUUAUGUUGAUACAAUUUGAGCAUAAGAAAUUAUUGAUAUUGCA